AAUCGAAAGAAUCCAUAAAACCCUUACAUUCAAAUAUUCAAUUGCCGGAUCGAGCUGCCUUCUGAUCGUCGGAAAUAGGCAGUGGGUCGAGUUGAAGGCCAUUAGCGGCGUAGGAAAAAAUUGAGAGGCACAAUGAAGAAAGAGCAAGAGGUUGAUACUACUGUUCUUCAGUAUCAGAAUCAGAAACUUGUCCGGCACUUAGAUGCACAGAAACAAGAAUUGCAUGAUCUUGAAGCAAAAAUGAAAGAAUUGCAAGCUAGACAAACAUCUUAUGAUGACAUAUUGAUUUCAAUUAACCAACUUUGGAAUAAGUUAGAUGACGAUUUGAUGCUUCUUGGAGCAAAAAUUGCCACAGAUCAAAGAUCUUUACAAAGUCUAAGUCAUCUUGGUUAUUCUCGAGGGUCAAUUCCUUCAUGUCCUCCUGAAGAGAUUUUUCUAUGUAGAAUAUUGAAUAAGGAGUCUAUUCAAAGUGGUGGAAGUGGUGUAUCAACUAUGGAUGUCAAAGAAGCUUUAGAUGUAAGGCGUUCUUACACUAUGGAACUAAUGACAUCCUUGGAAGAUGCUUUUGAUGCUCAGAGCUCUAAAGUUAGGGAAUUUGCUAAGGCUUUGGAUGCAAUACUAUCUGUAGCAGAUUCUUUAGUUCAAUCAAGAAAAAUCAAUGAUGCGAUGAAAGAUGAAGCUAGCAUACUACAUCAUGUGAUCAAUGUUCUUCAUCAGAAGCAUGAAGUAUGUGCUAAGGCAUUUGAGCUUAAUGAGCAAAAUCCAACAUAUCAAUCAGAUUUACAGUGCCUUGAGGGUGAGCUAGAAGAAAGCAUGUCAGAACUUGAAGAAAGUAGAAGAAAGCUAGUUAACUUAAGAAUGCAAAAAGAGGCUGCCUCGGCACGAGAGUUACCAGCUUUGGGUAUGGUCAAUGGGAAUGCACAUAGGACAAGGAGUGUUCAGGAACUGAAAGAUUCAAUUGAGGAGACAAAGGUCUUGGCAGAUGACCGCCUUUUUGAGCUGCAAGAUGCACAAGAUGACAAUUCUAUCCUGCUAAAGCAGUUGCAAGAUCUGAAGGCUGAGUUGAAGGAUGAUAAAUUUGUAUAUUCAGCCCGUGCUUACAAUGUAUUGAAUGAUCAACUUCAUCACUGGGAGGCUCAGGUGGAACGAUACAAAGAGCUAGUGGAACAGGCUGAUAAGUCUCUCAUAGCAUGGAGUGACAACGACCUGACAUUGAAAGCAGAGUCUGUGGACAGUGCCCGGAAAUUUAUAAAUGAUUCAGAAUCAAAAAUUAAAGAACUAGAGCAUCAGCUUCAGGGAUGCAUUGUUGAAAACAAUGAAUGCGCAGUCAAAAUGGAAGAAGCCAUUCAAGAUUCUGGACUAAAGGACAUUAAAUCUGAGUUUGGGAUUAUGGCUUCUGCUUUGUCAAAGGAGACUGGAAUGAUGAGAGCUCAGUUGAACCGUUGGAAGGAUGCAGCUCAAGAGUCUCUUAUGUUGCGAGAAGAAGCACAGACUCUCAAAACUUCACUGGACAAAAAGACUAGUGAGCAAAAGGAUUUGGCUAAAAAAUGUGCUCAAAAUGUUGGUGUGAUUAAAUCAAUGAAGGCACUUGUUGAGCAAAUGCAACAGGAGCAGGAAGAGCGUAAAAUAAUCUUGGACAUGCAUAGCCAGCAAAUAUAUGAUAAUAGAAAUGUAAUGGAAAUUCAAGAAUCAGAGCGUAGAGCUCAUUCCCAAGCUGAAUUUCUGACAAAUGCUCUUGCUGAGCAUGGCCUUGAAUUGAGAGUUAAAGCUGCUAAUGAAGCUGAUGCAGCUUGCCAACAGAGGCUUUCUGCUGCAGAAGCAGAACUUGCAAAAUUAAGAGCUGAAUUGGAAGCUUCUGACAGGGAUGUCAUUGAGCUUAGAGAGGCCUUAAAAAUGAAAGAAGGGGAGGCAGAAACAUUCAUAUCCGAGAUGGAGACUAUUGGUCAAGCUUAUGAAGACAUGCAGAACCAAAAUCAACAUCUGUUGCAGAUGAUGGCUGAAAGAGAUGAACUCAAUAUCAAGCUGGUCUCUACGAGUGUAAAGACAAAACAGUCACAGAGCUUAUUAUUCUCUGAAAGACAUACAUUGGACAAACAACUUCAAAAUUCUAGAACAACUCUUGAAUCUUUGAAAAUAAAGGUUGCCAAGUGUGAGGAGCAGAUGAAAGGUUAUAUUAUGGAAGCAUUAUGUUCUACUGAAGAAGACAGACAUGUUGCAGUUUCCCUGGAGACUGUGAAAUGGGAAGUGAUGGAUGCUGAGAAGGAAUUGAAGUGGUUGAAAACUUCUCUCUCAUCUUCACAGAAGGAAUAUGAUCAGAUCCAGCGUAAGAUCGAUCAAAUACAGACAGAACUUGUCACAGAAAGAAGUGAGAAGACAAAACUUGAUGAAGAGCUAACAGACUUGAAUAGAAUUUUUACUGGGUUAACUUCUGAAAGCGGUGAAGCUGCAAUACUGAGACUCCAGGAAGAAAUCAAUGACUGUAAAGCUAUUAUCAAAUGUGGUGUCUGUAGUGAUCGUCCCAAAGAGGUUGUGAUUACCAAGUGCUAUCAUCUAUUCUGCAAUCAAUGUAUCCAGCGAAAUGUAGAGCUCCGCCACCGGAAGUGCCCUGGUUGUGGAACUGCAUUUGGGCAAAAUGACGUGAAGCUUGUGAAAAUCUGAACCAACUGUUGUGCAUAUAACACUGCAUCAGGUCAGUUAAGCCGUAUAUACACCAGCAGUCCACAACCUCUUUUGAAAAAAAUCCAAACUUAAGCUUGACAUUUCCAUGCAUCGUUGCACCCACAAGACAUCUGUCUAUUUCUUCUCCUUUGUUUUUCGUUGGUUUAGUUUGUCCCCCGAAUUGGGGAAAAAAAGAUGAAAAAGAAAAAUGAGAGAAUCCAAAGGUGCAGGUGAGAUGGUUGUAGCUUUUAUUUAGGAUUGUUUAUGAACGUAAGGCCGUGAUUGCGUUUGGUGUAAAAUUAGACACCAUAAAUCUUUGGUGCUUCUGUCGAUUUGUUCUGUUUUUAACAUAUGGGAAUGAUG